AUGUAUUCCCUACAACAUCCCCAAACAGAUGAGAGCUUUCUCCGACUUAAUUCCACGGUCGAUGAAGUUAUGAUGCUGCUGCGUAGCAUACAAAAACCAACAGACGAAAAAGUUGAACCCGAAGACUCUGCAGAAAGUGUUACAGAGGACAAUUUUAUGGUGACAGUGAGGCAAAAACCAACAAAAACCAAAGGGACUACAACAAAUAACAAUAAGGAUCGAUUCACAUUCAUGAGACAGGUGGAAGUUGAUCAGGCUGAGCGCUCCAAGGCGCGACUAGAGCGUGAGCGUGUUGCACAGAAAUUCAGAAAACUGGGCAACGCUGAUUAUCGCAAGGGAGACUAUGCAAAUGCGGUAAGCAUGUACAGUCAGGGCAUUGACAACAUCAAAGACAGUCCAAUAUUGUACAUAAAUCGUUCUCUAUGCUUCAUCAAAUUGGGGGAUUUCAAACGUGCCAUCAUCGAUUGCGACUUUGUGUUGAACAAGCUGGAUGAGAAGAACAUGAGGGCCUGGCUUUAUCGCGCCCUGGCCUAUAAAAGCAUGAGCGAUGAGGCCAGCUAUGAUAACUGUAUUAAAUAUGUGCGCAAGUAUCAUUCCAAGCAGUUGGAGUUUAUAGACACAUUCGUUGAAAAAAUUAAGUCUAUUAUAUAA